CCGCGCCGGCAUUUGGCCCUUUCCGGAGCGAGACAGAAGAGCGAGAGGACGAGGAGGGAGAGAGAGCGGCGCGCGAUCAGGCCUCCUUGUGCGCGUGCGCCAGCGCAAGGCAGCAGCGUCUGGACUGGCACGCGGCGGCGGCGGCGGCUCCAACGGCUCUUGGCGGCACGCGCGGCAGCAGCAAUGGCGGAUUACCUGAUCAGCGGAGGCACCGGGUACGUCCCCGACGACGGACUCACGGCCCAACAGAUGCUCAACUGCGGAGACGGACUCACCUACAAUGACUUCCUAAUACUUCCUGGCUACAUAGAUUUUACUGCAGACCAAGUGGACCUUACCUCUGCUUUGACCAAGAAGAUAACCCUGAAGACUCCUUUGGUAUCCUCCCCUAUGGAUACUGUAACAGAAGCCAGCUUGGCCAUUGCAAUGGCGCUCACAGGUGGGAUUGGAUUCAUCCAUCAUAAUUGUACUCCAGAAUUCCAAGCCAAUGAAGUACGGAAAGUUAAGAAAUACGAACAGGGAUUUAUCACUGACCCUGUAGUGCUGAGCCCCAAAGAUCGGGUCCGAGACGUUUUUGAAGCAAAAGCCCGUCAUGGGUUUUGUGGCAUCCCCAUAACAGACAAUGGGAAGAUGGGCAGCCGGCUUGUGGGGAUUAUCUCAUCCCGAGACAUCGACUUCCUGAAGGAGGAGGAGCAUGACUUGCCACUUAGUGAGAUCAUGACCAAACGGGAAGAUCUGGUUGUGGCACCAGCAGGAGUUACAUUAAAAGAAGCCAAUGAAAUCUUGCAGAGGAGCAAAAAAGGGAAAUUGCCAAUUGUUAAUGAAAAAGAUGAGCUGGUGGCCAUAAUUGCUCGUACAGAUCUGAAGAAGAAUCGGGACUACCCCCUGGCAUCCAAAGAUGCCAAGAAACAGCUGCUUUGUGGUGCUGCCAUUGGAACCCAUGAAGAUGACAAAUAUCGUCUUGACCUCCUGGUGCAAGCUGGUGUGGAUGUUGUUGUGUUGGAUUCCUCUCAGGGGAAUUCCAUUUUCCAAAUCAACAUGAUCAAAUACAUUAAGGAGAAAUACCCUGAGUUGCAGGUCAUUGGUGGCAAUGUGGUGACAGCAGCCCAGGCGAAGAACUUGAUUGACGCUGGGGCUGAUGCCCUGAGAGUUGGCAUGGGCAGUGGCUCCAUCUGCAUUACACAAGAAGCUGCUCCAAAGAUCCCUCCAGACCUAAAGUCCCACAGCCCCAAAUGCCCUUCCACAGUCACUGGCACCUAUAUCUUAGCGUGUGGGAGACCUCAGGCUACAGCUGUCUACAAAGUGUCUGAAUAUGCCCGGAGAUUUGGGGUGCCAGUGAUUGCAGAUGGUGGCAUCCAGACUGUUGGACACAUUGCCAAAGCUCUUGCGCUUGGUGCUUCCACAGUGAUGAUGGGUUCCCUUCUGGCUGCCACCACUGAAGCCCCAGGGGAGUAUUUCUUCUCGGAUGGAAUCAGGCUGAAGAAAUAUCGGGGCAUGGGAUCACUUGAUGCCAUGGACAAGAACCUGGGCAGCCAGAAUAGAUACUUCAGUGAAACAGAUAAAAUUAAAGUGGCACAGGGCGUCUCUGGUGCUGUGCAGGACAAGGGCUCUAUCCACAAGUUUGUGCCAUACCUAAUUGCUGGCAUCCAGCAUUCCUGCCAAGAUAUUGGUGCAAAAAGCUUAACACAAGUAAGAUAUGAAAAGCGCCUUUUCUGAUUAAGGUCCCAUGCAACUUUCCAGAGCCUUUUGCCACCCUGUAGUGCCUGUGCUGUCACCAUCAUGAACUGCUCUCUUCACAGAAGUGCCAUUUUGCCAGUAGAGCAGAGCUACUUAGAGCUCCCCUGGGUUCAUCAGCUGCUUUGACCAAGGCUGAAGAGAACGCAUCAGCCUAUUCCAGAGGAAAUGCUCUCAGCUGAAUGAGGCUCUUGAGAGGGGUCCUCUGUGUGUGUGCGUGCGUGCGUGCGUGCGUGUGUUAACAUUUGGUUUUUUACAAUAAAACAAGUGAAAGUGUGUGUGUGCGCGCACCUUUUCCAACAUUGUCCUGAGGUACUUAUAAGCUCUUAGGUGGCAAAAUUCAGCCUUUCUUUCCUGUUUUAACUUCCAAAGGACAAUGAGCAGGUAUUUUCACAACUGCUGGUAGAACAUCUACAGAGGCAUCAAAGAAUUGUGAUGUUUUCCCACCAACUCCAUAUGACAAUUUUGCAGCCUAUGUAGCAGUUGUAGCUGCCCCCUGUUGGAAGUCUCAUUUGCUAGUUCCAUCCUUGCGAGCAGAUUAAACCUUGGAGCACAUUGUGCUUGUCUUGCUUCCAGGGUGGUGUGUUUUACAUGCUCAGAGGCAUGUUUUAUUAAGAAAUGAUUAAUAAAGUCUGUGAGGGAUAUGCCAAUUUGGAUCUUACCCAAAACUUUACAUCUCAAGAAGUACAGCAAAUACAUUUUUACUUCAGA